GAGCUCAGACCCAGGGCAGCCUGCAGCCAUGGGUAGAGUGACGUUCUUGCAGCUGUGGGCCUCGCUGGCUCUCCUGUGUGGAUGUAGUUUGGCUUCUCCACUGGGCAAGGAAUUUGUCACGGCCUUUAUGCAGAAUUACCAGCUCUCCUACAGCAAUGCCAACUUCCAAUUGUUUAUCACUGCCUAUUCCCCCGCCACCUCUGUCACCAUAUGGAUGAACAAAUCCAGCUUCAAACAAACCGUGAUAGUGAACGAACGAACCACGGCCAGAGUCCAAAUCCCAGCAAAUGCAGAGUUGCCCGGAGUCAGUUUGUCCUGCAAUGUUAUCGGUGUCAAGGCUGAUAAAGACAUCUCAGUCUUGGCUAUGAAUUACAAAGCUCUGAGUGCUGACACCACUGUUGUGUACCCCGUGGAAGGUCUUGGCACCGACUACUAUGCAGUGACACCACUGGAUGGGCCAAGUGAUGCAUUUAAGGAACUUUCUGUGAUCAGCUCCCAGGAAUCCACCAGUGUUGAUGUGUUCCUCAAAGGAGCAGUCACCUUUCAAGAGAAGCGCUACCCAGCUGGCAGCAAGCUCACUGUGGUUCUAGACCCUUAUAGCGCCCUCCAGCUUCUUAGUAGUGACAACCUGUCUGGAACCAGAAUCAUGUCUCAGAAGCCCGUGGCAGUUUUGAGUGGGCACACGUGCACGUGGAAGAACACGAAGUGCAACCAUGUCUACGAGCAGCUCAGGCCAGUGACUUGCUGGGGUUCCAGUUUCAUUAUACCGCCAAUAUUUCUCCAAACCAAGAGUGAUAUUGUCUUCGUGGUGGCUGCCACUGACAACACAAAGAUUGAAUACCAAGUACAGGAAGCCAAAAAAAGCCAAAACCUAAAAGCGGGGGAAGUCGUCCUGCUAGAAGUGCCAGUAAAAACACCCAUCUACCUUACUGCUAGCGCUGGGAUUCAAGUUGUUUAUUAUUGCACUGGCUGGCAAGAUAAGUUCCUAGUACAGUACGAUCCCAUCCUAAUGAAUAUCCCACCAAUCAGUGCUUAUUGCACUUCCUACUACAUCUAUGGUCAACAAGAGUUUGAUAACUACGGCACCUUGGUGGCCAAGACUGCGGACGCCUCUAGAGUAACCGUCGAUAAAGGCCCUGCUCAAGGCCUGACGUGGGCCAACAUCCCUGGUACAGAUUAUUCCUGGGCAGGUGAAAGUUUAGGCAAAGGGUUCAGCUUCCAACUCACUGAGAACACUUCGCCAUUCCUGCUGCUUUCCUUUGGCUUAAUAAAGCUGAAUAGCUACGGAUCCCCGGCUAUUUGCAUAAGUGACAAUACACAAUCAGCUCCAAGUUGCAGCAACGUAAAAUGCCGUGCUAAGGAAAAAUGCCAAAUGGUCAACGGGAAACCAGUAUGCGUCCCAGAUUCAGAAGCCUACUGCCAUGCCGUUGGUGACCCCCAUUAUCGAACCUUCGAUGGACACUUCUAUGACUUCCAAGGAACCUGCACUUACACCAUCGCCAAGACCUGUAACGGUGACAAAGACCUUCCGUCCUUCAACAUCGAGGCCAAGAAUGAAAAUCGAGGCAACACUCGCGUUGCCUACGUCAGUUACGUCACCGUUCAGGUGUAUGAUCAAACAAUAUCUCUGGUGAGAUACGAAUACGGUUUUGUGAGGGUGAACAAUCAACGUCAACGUUUGCCUAUCAAUCUGAACGAUGGGCAAAUCCGGAUCUAUCAAUCAGGGAGCUAUGUCGUCAUUGAGACUGACUUUUCCUUGAAGGUAUACUAUGACUGGAACUCAAACCUGAAGGUAUACAUCUCCAGUAGCUUCUUCGGAAGUGUCUGCGGCUUGUGCGGAAACUACAACGGAAACCCUUCGGACGAUCUGAUGACCCCAGAUGGCGUUAAAGCUGCUAAUAUAGUUGAUUUUGGAAAGAGCUGGAAAGUAGAGGAUGGAGACCGCUUCUGCUGGCACAACUGCAAUGGAGAAUGCAAGGCCUGCCCGCUUGAAACCCAACAAAAAUAUGGAGGCGAACUAAGUUGCGGCCUGCUGUCUAAAGUUAACGGUCCUUUCGCUAAAUGCCACUCGGUCAUAGAUCCCAAACCGUACGUAGAUAACUGCGUGUACGAUCUGUGCAUGAAUGGCGGUUGCAAGCAGAUCCUGUGCCAAAGUCUGACGACCUACGCAGAAGCCUGCCAGAAAAGCAAGGUGGACAUCGGAGAGUGGAGAUCGCUCGCUGGAUGCCCAAUGCAAUGUCCUGCAAACAGCGAAUACAAAUUAUGUUCCAAACCAUGUCCGGCCACAUGUAACGAUGACGCCACCCCAUCCGUGUGUGCCGAUCAGUGUGUGGAGUCGUGCCAGUGUAAGGAGGGCUACGUGCUUGAUGGAGGAAAAUGUGUACCCAAAGCCAACUGUGGCUGUGUCUACCAAGGAAAACUCUACGCUCCCAAUGAGAAAUUCUGGGGGGAUAAAAAGUGCGAGCAGCAGUGUACCUGCAACCCCACCACCAAGAAAGUAGAGUGCAAAGCCACCCGCUGCAAGCCUUCCGAGACCUGCUCAGUGGUGAACGGCAUCCAGAAUUGCUACCCUAUCUCAUACGGCACUUGCUCCGCCUCCGGAGACCCCCACUACGUCACCUUUGAUGGGUCAAGGUUUGACUUCCAGGGCACGUGCGUCUACCAGUUUGCGGGGCUUUGCAAGAAGUCGGAUGAUUUGGUGGACUUCCAGGUCAACGUCCAGAAUGAAUUCCGGGGCAGCAAAGUCGUGUCUUACACCUCGGCGGUGCAAGUCAAGUUGUGUGAUUUCGAUAUUUCCAUCGAGAGGCGGUACAAGGACAGGAUUGUGGUCAAUGGACUUUUAACCAACCUGCCGUUUGUUGUUGACAACGGCAAGCUCUCGAUCUACAAACAAGGCUAUUCUGCAAUCCUCCAAACCAGCUUUGGUCUCCGUGUGACCUACAACUGGGACAGUUAUGUCUCUGUCACUCUUCCAAGCAGUUACGCCGGAGCCGUGUGCGGUCUUUGCGGUAACUUUGAUGGUAAGAAGGAGAACGAUCUCACAAUGAAAAACAACCAACUGACCACCAAGCCACUCCUCUUUGGAAACAGCUGGAAGGUGCAGAAUGUCCCAGGUUGCUAUGAAGAGGACAAGGGAGAAUGUACCAAGUUAGCCCAACUGGAAUUAUUCCACAGUAACAACAAGCAGGGCUGUGGAAUAAUCAAAGAUAAGACCGGGCCUUUCCGUGAAUGCCAUGCCAAGAUUAACCCGGAUGGACCCUACAAGAGCUGUGUGUAUGACGCUUGCAUCUAUGAAAACAAACCCGAUGUCAUUUGCAAAAUUGUUGCCAGCUACGCAAAAGAGUGUCAAGAGGCUGGAGUCACCAUCUAUCCAUGGAGGUCCAACAAGUUCUGCAGUCCAAAUUGUCCAAAGAACAGCCACUAUGAAGUCUGUGCAUCAGGAUGCUCUCCAACUUGUCUCUCUCUCUCCCCUCCAUUGGGAUGCAACCCUGUAUGUGCUGAAGGAUGUCAGUGUGACGAUGGCUUUAUCCUUAGCGGAGGAGACUGUGUUCCCAUUUCCAAGUGUGGUUGCAGUUACAACGAUAAAUACUACAAGUUGGGUGAAGUAUUUUACCCCAGCGGCCUCUGCAACCAGAGGUGCGUAUGUACAGAGAGCGGAGCUGUAGAGUGCAAAGCUUUCACUUGUGGGCCCAACGAAGAGUGCAAAGUGAUUGACGGAGUCCAAAAAUGCCAGUCAGUAGGCUCGGCACAGUGCUCCGCAGCUGGUGACCCCCACUACACUUCAUUCGAUGGCCGGACAUUUGACUUCCAAGGCACUUGUACCUACACCUUGUCCAAGACCGUGACAAACAAUGCCAAUCUAGAACCUUUCGCCAUCAAUGUGAAGAAUGAAAAAUGGGGCAACGGGCUCGUGGCCGUUACUAAACUUGUGUCUUUUGAAGUCUACGGCUAUAAUCUCAUUCUUCAGAACGGAGUUCGAGAGCGAGUUCUGAUCAAUGGAGUUUAUAAUAACAUUCCAGCAAAUUUGGAAGAUGGCAAAAUCCGCGUCUACCCACACGGUAUGAGAGUGAUCAUUGAAACUGACUUUGGGAUUACGGUCAACUAUGACCUGGAAUACCAUGUGAUGGUCACUGCCCCAGGAAACUACAAGAAUCAGUUGGGUGGUUUGUGUGGUAACUACAAUAGUGACAGACAAGAUGACUUCCAGCUCCCGGAUAAGUCAGUGACAACAGAUGCUACUGUAUUCGGAGCCUCCUGGAAGGUCCAGAUCCCCGGUGUCACUUGUGACAAUGGCUGUGGUGGUAGCGGCAAACCAUGCCCAUCAUGUGACGAUAAAAAGAAAGAAAUCUUCAAGACUGAAAACUACUGUGGGUUCCUGAAGAAGCCUGGAGGUCCUCUGAGUGCCUGCUAUGGUACUAUCAAUCCCGACACAUACUUCAACAACUGUAUCUUUGACCUGUGUGCUUCUGUAGGUGAUGGGGACAUACUUUGCCAGAGCAUUCACAGCUACGUUGCUGCAUGCCAAGCAGCUGGAGUCACCAUUCAGCCUUGGAGAACUGAAGCAUUCUGCCCAUUGACCUGCCCGGCCAACAGCAAAUACAAAGUUUGUGCUGAUGUGUGCUCCUCAACUUGUGCUGGUGUUACCGACCCUGCCAAAUGUCCCGAAACUUGCUCAGAAGGCUGCGAGUGCAAUGAUGGCUUCUUCUUUGACGGGAAGAAUUGCGUGUCAAUGGACAACUGUGGCUGUUUUGAGGAUGGAAAAUAUUAUCAGCCGAAUGAGAAAGUCUUAUCCGAUGACUGCAAACAAACUUGCACAUGUAGCCCAGUAGGUGGGCUUAUCUGUGAAGACACUAGUUGUGCAGCUGAUGAGGAAUGUAAGAUUCAAGGUGGAAUCGUCAAAUGUAUUAACAAAGAUCCAUGCAAGUCCAUCACAUGUAGAGUCAAGGAAACAUGCAAGAUCCAAAAUGGAAAUGCCGUCUGUGUCCCAGAUUUCACAGGAACCUGCUGGGCUUGGGGAGACCCCCAUUACCACACUUUUGAUGGCUACAACUAUGACUUCCAGGGCACCUGCACAUAUAUUCUGUCUAAAUAUGAUGGUAAAGAUGCUGGCUUGGUGCCUUUUACUAUUGAGGAGAAGAAUGACAACAGAGGCAGCCAGGCUGUGUCAUAUGUUAGAACCGUCAAUAUCUAUGUGUAUGGCUUCAAGAUCACUCUUAUGAAGGGCGAAUUCGGUAAAGUUAGGGUGAAUGAUGUCAUCACCAACCUACCUGUUAAUUUGUUAGAUGGAAAGAUCUCAAUAAGCAUCAGUGGCCUCAAUGCUGUUUUCAAAACCGAUUUUGGCCUGCAGGUGACCUAUGAAUAUAACUGGUAUGUUGUGGUCACGCUCACCAGCAGCUAUUACGGCCUUACACUUGGUCUGUGUGGUAACUUUAACCAAAAGAUCAACGAUGAGCUCAUCACCUCUGAUAACAAAGUAGUCACCAAAGUCGUCGACUGGGCCAAGAGUUGGAAAGUCAAUGACCGGGAUCCAUUCUGCUUUGACUCUUGCCCCGGUCUUAAUUGUCCAACCUGCGACGAUGCCAAAAAAAACCUGUACGGAGGUGACAAUAAAUGCGGUCUCAUCAGCAAGGUUUCAACUGGACCUUUCAGAGAGUGUCACUCUAAAGUUAACCCGGACAACUUCUUUGAUAGCUGCUUGUAUGAUGUCUGCAUUAACAACGGAGCCAACCAAUUCCUGUGCCAGGCCCUCAAUGCCUAUGCUAGCACCUGCAGGGGAGCAGGAGCUAAAAUAUACGACUGGAGGACACCAUCUGGUUGUGCUUUGCCAUGCCCUGCAAACAGCCAUUAUGAGUUCUGUGGCAAUGCCUGUCCAGCCACCUGCACCGAUCGUACAGCCCCAUCCCGGUGCACUGAGGAUUGUGUUGAGACCUGCCAGUGUAAUGAUGGCUUUGUUCUUAGUGUUGAUAAGUGCGUUCCCAUUUCAAGCUGUGGAUGUUCCUACAAGGGUACCUACUACCAGGCCAAUGAAGAGUUCUGGGCUGACGAAAACUGCCGUUCACUCUGCAAGUGUGACCCAAACCUUGGCAUGGUUGUUUGCAAGGAGAGCAGCUGUAAGCCAAGUGAGAGGUGCAUGGUCACAAAUGGAGUCCGUGGUUGCCAACCCUUAAGCUAUUCCACUUGCACAGGUUCUGGAGAUCCUCACUACACAACCUUUGAUGGCAAGAGAUUUGACUUCAUGGGUACUUGUAUAUACCAACUGGUUGGUGUGAGCUCCAGUGACAGUUCGCUGACCCGUUUUAAUGUUAAAGUCCAGAACAACAAUCGCGGUGGAAACAAAGCCGUGUCCUAUACCAAAGUUGUGACCUUGGAAGUUUACGACACGGUCUUCACACUGAGCAUGGACUAUCCACGUCGAAUUUUGGUUGAUGGUGUUGCCACCUCUCUGCCAUUCUACUUCCAAAACAACAAAGUGGUAGCACAUAUCUGUGGAGGACAGGGCAUUAUAAAAACUGAUUUUGAUGUCACUGUUAAAUAUGACUGGAGCAGCUAUGUGGCGGUCACCAUACCCAGUACUUAUACCAACGCUGUUCAAGGCUUGUGUGGAAACAACAACAAGAACUCCAACGAUGACUUUAACAUGAAAGAUGGAAAACCAGCAGCAAAUGCAGUUUCUUUCGGUAACAGCUGGAAAGUCGGAGAAGUUGACGGUUGUACUCCUGAGUGUACCGGAACCUGCCCUCUGUGCACUGAAGCUCAAAAACAAGCCUACAAGGGUGACAACUUCUGUGGACUUAUCACAAAGGCCAGUGGGCCUUUUAGUCGGUGUCUCUCAGUUGUUGACCCAAAACCUUAUUUCGAUGACUGUAUUUAUGAUGCUUGCCAAUACAAGGGACACCCAUCUUCAUUCUGUAAAGCCAUUGGCCUCUAUGUGGAUGCAUGCCAAGCUGCCGGUGUGGCCCUUCAGGAAUGGAGGAAACCAAAUUUCUGCAGCAUGUCUUGCCCCAUAAACACUCACUAUGAGCUCUGCGGAAAUGCCUGCCCCGUCACAUGCUAUGGCCUCUCCCCACCCAUGGGCUGUGACUCCCCUUGUAAGGAAGCCUGUUAUUGUGACAACGGAUUUGUCCAGAGUGGGCACAAGUGCGUGCCUAUCCAGAACUGCGGCUGUGUCUACUUGGAUAAAUAUUACCAGAAAAACGAGGUCUUCUACCCACAAGGGCAGUGCAACCAGAAGUGCCAAUGUGGAGCAGACGGCAUUGUUAAGUGCCAGUCAGAAGCAUGCAGCCCCGAAGAAGAAUGCAAACUUGUCAACGGUGCUUGGGGAUGUCAAGCAAAGGAGUACGGCAGAUGUGUCGCUUCAGGAGAUCCUCAUUAUAUCUCCUUCGAUGGUCUAAGGUUCGACUUCCAAGGCACUUGCACAUAUACCUUGUCGAAGGUGGUGGUUAACGAUCCGCGACUUGUGGACUUUUCUGUGGUUGUGGAGAACGAGAGUUAUGGCAAUGGUAAAGUGGCAGUGACAAGACUGGUGGUGGUAAGCGUGUACGGUUACACGGUAGCCAUCGAGAGAGACAUGAGGUCUAAAGCAAAGGUUAACGGAGAAUUUUUCAAUUUGCCAUUGUCUCUUGAAGAUGACAAUAUUGUUGUUAAUCAAGAAGGAGCCAAUGUUGUCCUACAAACAGAUUUUGGCUUGAAGAUUCUCUAUGACACAAUCUAUGGGGUGGUCCUCAAUAUUCCCAGCUCGUACCGUGGCAAGAUGGGUGGACUCUGUGGCAACUUCAAUGGUGACAACAAAGAUGAAUUCCAGCUUCCCAACAAACAGGUUGUUAAAAAUGUGAAUGAGUUUGGUGCUUCCUGGAAGGUGAACAUAGCUGGGGCUAAGUGCAGCGACGGCUGCGAAGAAGGUGUGUGCCCGGUGUGCGAUGAGGCUAAGUUGCUGCCAUACAAGGCGACAUCCUCUUGUGGCAUGAUUACAAACCCAGCGGGACCUUUCAAAGCUUGUCACUCCAAGAUCGAUCCAAAUAAUUUUUUCACCCACUGCGCCUAUGAUGCUUGUGCUGUUGACGGCAAGGAUAACAUUGUGUGCAAGAGUCUACAGGCUUAUGCAGCUGCUUGUCAUACCGUUGGUGCUACCAUCGGCUCUUGGAGAACUCCUGCAUUCUGUCCCAUGUCUUGCCCGGCCAACAGUCAUUAUGAACUUUGCACCAGAACCUGCGACCAAACUUGCUCUGGUCUCACAUCACCAACAAAAUGUACAGACAGAUGCUUUGAAGGCUGUGAAUGUAAUGCUGGGUAUAUCCUGGAUGGAAAUACUUGUGGUACUAUGGACAAGUGUGGAUGUGUAUUCAGUGGAAGAUAUCUAAGUGAGGGAGAGUCGUUCCUCAGUGCUGAUUGCAGACAACAAUGUAAGUGCCAAGCUGGUGGUGUGACCUGCACAGACACCGCAUGUGGAGACAAAGAACGCUGUGGCCUUGUGAAUGGAGUGCGAGGCUGCUACAAGACAGAGAGUGAAUGCACGGUCAGCCAACAGAAGUUCAUCACAUAUGAUGGGCUCUCAGGAGGACCUAUUGGAAAUGGCCCCGUUGAGGUGACAUCUUUAUGCAACAGUGAUUCAGCUGGAUGGUUUAGAGUACUCGCUGACAUUCAGGUCUGCGCGGGAGCAGCAACAUCGGUUACCAGGCUCCAUAUUUUCCAUCGUCAAGGUCUAGUGACCAUCUCCAAGAACAAGGAAAUUUGGGUCAAUGGACUUCCAGGUGUUUUCCCCGUCACAUCCGGUAUUCUCUCAGCCUCUGCCAAAGACACCUCAGUUUCCAUCCAGAUUGGUGAAGAGUUGAAGAUCGAGUUUAGCAAUACCGGUAGCGUCUCAAUCCGCGCGUUACAGGGCCUGUCAGAGGUGGUUUGCGGAGCAUGCGGGAACUUCAACGGUAACAGUUCCGAUGACCUCAGAACUCCAGCUGGAAAGGCGGUCCCUAAUAUCAACGAGCUUGUAAAAUCCUGGUCAGCCCGUGACCUCAACGGCUGUAUUGAACUUUUAGGGAGCUCAGACCCCGGGCAGCCUGCAGCCAUGGGUAGAGUGACGUUCUUGCAGCUGUGGGCCUCGCUGGCUCUCCUGUGUGGAUGUGGUUUGGCUUCUCCACUGGGCAAGGAAUUUGUCACGGCCUUUAUGCAGAAUCACCAGCUCUCCUACACCAAUGCCACCUUCCAAUUGUUUAUCACUGCCUAUUCCUCCCCCACCUCUGUCACCAUAUGGAUGAACAAAUCCAGCUUCAAACAAACCCUGACCAUGAACGAACGAACCACGGCCACAGUCCAAAUCCCAGCAAAUGCAGAGUUGCCCGGAGUCAGUUUGUCCGGCAAUGUUAUCGGUGUCAAGGCUGAUAAAGACAUCUCAGUCUCGGCUAUGAAUUACAAACCUCUGAGUGCUGACACCACUGUUGUGUACCCCGUGGAAGGUCUUGGCACCGACUACUAUGUGGUGACACCACAGGAUGGACCGAGUGAUGCGUUUAAGGAAUGUUGUGUGAUCAGCAACCAGGCAUCCACCAGUGUUGAUGUGUUCCUCAAAGGAGAAGUCAUCUAUCAAAAGAAGCGCUACCCGGCCGGCAGCAAGCUCAGUGUAGCUCUAGACCCUUAUUGCGCCCUCCAGCUUCUUAGUAGUGACGACCUGUCUGGAACCAGAAUCGUGUCUCAGAAGCCCGUGGCAGUUUUAAGUGGGCACACAGGCACAUGGAAGAACACAAAGUGCAACCAUGUCUACGAGCAGCUCAGGCCCGUGACAUCCUGGGGUUCCAGGUUCAUUAUACCGCCAAUAUCUCUCCAAACCAAGAGUGAUAUUGUCUCCGUGGUGGCUGCCACUGACAACACAAAGAUUGAAUACCAAGUACAGGAAGCCAAAAAAAGACAAAACCUAAACGCGGGGCAAGUCGUCCAGCUAGAAGUGCCAGUUAAAACACCCAUCUACCUUACUGCUAGCGCUGGGAUUCAAGUUGUUUAUUAUUGCACUGGCCAGCAAGAUAUGUUGAAAGAUAUGUUGCUAGUGCAGAACGACCCUAUGCUAAUGAAUAUCCCACCAAUCAGUGCUUAUUGCACUUCCUACAACAUCUACGGUCAACAAGAGCUUGAUAACUACGGCACCUUGGUGGCCAAGACUGCAGACGCCUCUAGAGUAACCGUCAAUAAAGGCCCUGCUCAAGGCCUGACGUGGGCCAACAUCCCUGGUACAGAUUAUUCCUGGACAUCUGAAAGUUUAGGCAAAGGGUUCGGCUUCCAACUCACUGAGAACGCUUCGCCAUUCCUGCUGCUUUCCUUUGGCUUUAUGAAGCUGAAUAGCUACGGAUCCCCAGCUAUUUGCAUAAGUGGUCCAACUUGUCCAAAGAACAGCCAAGUGAUUGACGGAGUCCUGAAAUCCCAGCCAGUAGGCUCGGCCCAGUGCUCCACAGCUGGUAACGCCCACUGCAUGUCAUUCGAUGGCCGGGCAUUUGACUUCCAAGGCACUUGUACCUACACCUUGUCCAAGACCAUGACAAACAAUGCCAAUCUAGAACCUUUCACCAUCAAUGUGAAAAAUGAAAAACGGGGCAACGGGAGCAUGACCGUUACUAAACUUGUGUCUUUUGAAGUCUACGGCUAUAAUCUCAUUCUUCAGAACGGAGUUCGAGAGCGAGUUCUGAUCAAUGGAGUUUAUAAUAACAUUCCAGCAAAUUUGGAAGAUGGCAAAGUCCGCGUCUACCCACACGGUAUGAGAGUGAUCCUUCAAACUAACUUUGGGCUUCAGAUCAACUUUGACCUGGGCAACCAUGUGAUGGUCACUGCCCCAGUAAACUACAAGAAUCAGUUGGGUGGUUUGUGUGGUAACUACAAUAAUGACAGACAAGAUGACUUCCAGCUCCCGGAUAUGUCAGUGACAACAGAUGUUACUGCAUUCAGAGCCUCCUGGAAGGUCCAGAUCCCCGGUGUCACUUGUGACAAUGGCUGUGGUGGUAGCGGCAAACCAUGCCCAUCAUGUGACGAUAAAAAGAAAGAAAUCUUUAAGACUGAAAACUACUGUGGGUUCCUGAAGAAGCCUGGAGGUCCUCUGAGUACCUGCCAUGAUACUAUCAAUCCCGACACAUACUUCAACAACUGUAUCUUUGACCUGUGUGCUUCUGUAGGUGAUGGGGACAUACUUUGUCAGAGCAUUCACAGCUACGUUGCUGCAUGCCAAGCAGCUGGAGGCACCAUUCAGCCUUGGAGAACUGAAGCAUUCUGUCGUCCAACUUGUCCAAAGAACAGCCACUAUGAAGUCUGUGCAUCAGGAUGCACUCCAACUUGUCUCUCUCUCUCUCUCUCCCCUCCAUUGGGAUGCAACCCUGUAUGUGCUGAAGGAUGUCAGUGUGACGAUGGCUUUAUCCUUAGUGGAGGAGACUGUGUUCCCAUGUCCAAGUUUGGUUGCAGUUACAACGAUAAAUUCUACAAAUUGGGUGAAGUAUUUUAUCCCAGUGGCCUUUGCGACCAGAGGUGCGCAUGUACAGAGAGCGGAGCUGUAGAGUGCAAAGCUUUCACUUGUGGGCCCAACGAAGAGUGCAAAGUGAUUGACGGAGUCCAGAAAUGCCAGCCAGUAGGCUCGGCACAGUGCUCCACAGCUGGUAAUGCCCACUGCAUGUCAUUCGAUGGCCGGGCAUUUGACUUCCAAGGCACUUGUACCUACACCUUGUCCAAGACCAUGACAAACAAUGCCAAUCUAGAACCUUUCACCAUCAAUGUGAAGAAUGAAAAAUGGGGCAACGGGAGCAUGACCGUUACUAAACUUGUGUCUUUUGAAGUCUACGGCUAUAAUCUCAUUCUUCAGAACGGAGUUCGAGAGCGAGUUCUGAUCAAUGGAGUUUAUAAUAACAUUCCAGCAAAUUUGGAAGAUGGCAAAGUCCGCGUCUACCCACAGGGUAUGAGAGUGAUCAUUCGAACUGACUUUGGGCUUCAGAUCAACUUUGACCUGGGCAACUAUGUGAUGGUCACUGCCCCAGUAAACUACAAGAAUCAGUUGGGUGGUUUGUGUGGUAACUACAAUAAUGACAGACAAGAUGACUUCCAGCUCCCGGAUGAGUCAGUGACAACAGAUGCUACUGCAUUCGGAGCCUCCUGGAAGGUCCAGAUCCCCGGUGUCACUUGUGACAAUGGCUGUGGUGGUAGCGACAACCCAUGCCCAUCAUGUGACGAUAAAAAGAAAGAAAUCUUUAAGACUGAAAACUCCUGUGGGUUCCUGAAGAAGCCUGGAGGUCCUCUGAGUACCUGCAAUGGUACUAUCAAUCCCGACACAUACUUCAACAACUGUAUCUUUGACCUGUGUGCUUCUGUAGGUGAUGGGGACAUACUUUGUCAGAGCAUUCACAGCUACGUUGCUGCAUGCCAAGCAGCUGGAGUCACCAUUCAGCCUUGGAGAACUGAAGCAUUCUGCCGUCCAAAUUGUCCAAUGAACAGCCACUAUGAAGUCUGUGCAUCAGGAUGCUCUCCAACUUGUCUCUCUCUCUCCCCUCCAUUGAGAUGCAACCCUGUAUGUGCUGAAGGAUGUCAGUGUGAUGAUGGCUUCAUCCUUAGCGGAGGAGACUGUGUUCCCAUUUCCAAGUGUGGUUGCAGUUACAACGAUAAAUACUACAAGUUGGGUGAAGUAUUUUACCCCAGUGGCCUCUGCGACCAGAGGUGCGCAUGUACAGAGAGCGGAGCUGUAGAGUGCAAAGCUUUCACUUGUGGGCCCAACGAAGAGUGCAAAGUGAUUGACGGAGUCCAGAAAUGCCAGCCAGUAGGCUUGGCACAGUGCACCACAGCUGGUAAUGCCCACUGCAUGUCAUUCGAUGGCCGGGCAUUUGAUUUCCAAGGCACUUGUACCUACACCUUGUCCAAGACCAUGACAAACAAUGCCAAUCUAGAACCUUUCACCAUCAAUGUGAAAAAUGAAAAACGGGGCAUCGGGAGCAUGACCGCUACUAAACUUGUGUCUUUUGAAGUCUACGGCUAUAAUCUCAUUCUUCAGAACGGAGAUCGAGAGCGAGUUCUGAUCAAUGGAGUUUAUAAUAACAUUCCAGCAAAUUUGGAAAAUGGCAAAGUCCGCGUCUACCCACACGGUAUGAGAGUGAUCAUUCAAACUGACUUUGAUAUUAAGGUCACCAUUGACCUGGGCAACUAUGUGAUGGUCACUGCCCCAGGAAACUACAAGAAUCAGUUGGGUGGUUUGUGUGGUAACUACAAUAAUGACAGACAAGAUGACUUCCAGCUCCGGGAUGAGUCAGUGACAACAGAUGCUACUGCAUUCAGAGCCUCCUGGAAGGUCCAGAUCCCCGGUGUCACUUGUGACAAUGGCUGUGGUGGUAGCGGCAACCCAUGCCCAUCAUGUGACGAUAAAAAGAAAGAAAUCUUCAAGACUGAAAACUACUGUGGGUUCCUGAAGAAGCCUGGAGGUCCUCUGAGUACCUGCUAUGAUACUAUCAAUCCCGACACAUACUUCAACAACUGUAUCUUUGACCUGUGUGCUUCUGUAGGCGAUGGGGACAUACUUUGUCAGAGCAUACAGAGCUACGUUGCUGCAUGCCAAGCAGCUGGAGUCACCAUUCAGCCUUGGAGAACUGAAGCAUUCUGCCCAUUGACCUGCCCGGCCAACAGCAAAUACAAAGUUUGUGCUGAUGUGUGCUCCUCAACUUGUGCUGGUGUUACCGACCCUGCCAAAUGUCCCGAAACUUGCUCAGAAGGCUGCGAGUGCAAUGAUGGCUUCUUCUUUGAUGGGAAGAAUUGCGUGUCAAUGGACAACUGUGGCUGUUUUGAGGAUGGAAAAUAUUAUCAGGAGGGAGAGUCGUUCCUCAGUGCUGAUUGCAGACAACAAUGUAAGUGCCAAUCUGGUGACGUGACCUGCACAGACACCGCAUGUGGAGAAAAAGAACGCUGUGGCCUUGUGAAUGGAGUGCAGGGCUGCUACAAGACAGAGAGUGAAUGCACGGUCAGCCAACAGAAGUUCAUCACAUAUGAUGGGCUCUCAGGAGGACCUAUUGGAAAUGGUUCCAUUGAGGUGACAUCUUUAUGCAACAGUGAUUCAGCUGGAUGGUUCAGAGUACUCGCUGACAUUCAGGUCUACGCCGGAGCAGCAACAUCGGUUACCAGGCUCCAUAUUUUCCAUCAUCAAGGUCUAGUGACCAUCUCCAAGAACAAGAAAAUUUGGGUCAAUGGACUUCCAGGUGUUUUCCCCGUCACAUCGGGUAUUCUCUCAGCCUCUGCCAAAGACACCUCAGUUUCCAUCCAGAUUGGUGAAGAGUUGAAGAUCGAGUUUAGCAAUACCGGUAGCGUCUCAAUCCGUGCGUUACAGGGCCUGUCAGAGGUGGUUUGCGGAGCAUGCGGGAACUUCAACGGUAACAGUUCCGAUGACCUCAGAACUCCAGCUGGAAAGGCGGUCCCUAACAUCAACGAGCUUGUAAAAUCCUGGUCAGCCGUGACCUCAACAGCUGCUCUCCAAGGAACUCCCCCCCCCAAGCUGGGAGGUCCUGUGUGUGGUCAGGUCUCUGGAGGAGGUUGGAGACGGCCUUGUGCUAUGGGUUUCAGUCUACUUCUGCACAUCUGUGCCCUGGUGUGCCUCAGUGGAUCUGGCUUGGCAGGUCCACUGGGUAAGGAAUUUGUCACGGCCUUCAUGCAGAACUAUCUGCUCUCCCCCAGAACUGCCUACUUCCAACUGUUCAUUACUGCCUAUUCCUCCUCCACCAACGUAACUGUAUGGAUGAACAAAUCCAGCUUCAAACAAGUCCUGAUUCUGGAGGAACGAGCCACGGUCACAGUUCAAAUCCCGGCGGGUGCAGAGUUGCCUGGCGUUGGCAAGUCGACCAAUGUCAUCGGUAUCAAGGCUGACAAAGACAUCUCGGUCCUGGCUAUGAAUUACAAGUAUGAAAGUGCCGACACCAGCAUUGUGUACCCUGUGCAAGAUCUCGGCACUGACUACUAUGUGGUGACGCCUCUGAAUGGUCCCGUUGAUUCGUUUAAGGAAUUUUCUGUGAUCAGCUACCAGAAACCCACCAGUGUUGAUGUCUUCCUCAAAGGAGCAGUCACCUUUCAAGAGAAGCUCUACCCAGCUGGCAGCAAGCUUAAUGUCCUCUUAGAACCUUAUAGUGCCCUUCAGAUUCUUAGUGUUGACGACCUGUCUGGGACCAGAAUUGUGUCUCAGAAUCCCGUUGCAGUUUUGAGUGGACACACAUGCACAUGGAGGAAUUCUAGGUGCAACCAUGUCUACGAGCAGCUAUUGCCAGUGACUAGCUGGGGUUCCAGUUUCAUUGUACCUCCAAUAUUUCUUCAGGUAGCAUCUGAUAUUGCAUUUGUCGUGGCCUCUUCAAACACAACGAUUGAAUACCAAUUCGGAGCAAGAAAAGCGAGCCAAAACCUAACUGCGGGGCAAACGGUUCAGCUAGAGGUGCCAGUCAAAACUCCCAUCUACCUUACAGCCAGCGCUGGGAUUCAAGUUCUAUUCUAUUUCACUGGGUUGUUUGAUAAGUCCCGAGUAUCGUAUGACCCCAUCCUCAUGACUAUUCCACCAAUCAACAGUUAUUGCACUUCCUACUUCAUCUAUGGUCAACAAGAGUUUAACAAUUACGGCACCUUGGUUGCCAAGACUGCAGACCUCUCUAAAGUAAGCAUCAAAGGAAGUCCUGCUCAAGGCCUGACCUGGUACAAAGUCCCUGGCACGGAUUACUCGUGGGCAACUCGAAACUCAAGCAAAGAAUUCAGUGUCCAACUUGUGGAGAAUACAUCACCGUUUAUGCUGCUUUCCUUUGGCUUUAUGAAAGCUAAUGGCUAUGGCUCUCCAGCUAUAUGUGUUCGUGAAUCUGGUCCAACUUGCAGUAGCGUAAAAUGCCGAAUGAAGGAAAAAUGCCAAAUGAUCGACGGGAAACCAGUAUGCAUCCCCGAUUCAGAAGCCUACUGCCAUGCCGUUGGUGACCCCCAUUAUCGAACCUUUGAUGGAUGCUUUUAUGACUUCCAAGGAACCUGCACUUACACCAUCGCCAAGACCUGUAAUGGCGACGUCAACCUUCCAACUUUCAACAUCGAGGCUAAGAAUGAAAACCGAGGUAGCACUCGUAUAUCUUAUGUCGGUUAUGUCACUGUACAGGUGUAUCAGCAAACCAUAUCUCUAGUGAGAUCGGAGUAUGGUUUUGUGAGGGUGAAUAAUCAACGUAACCGCCUGCCUAUCAAUAUUAAUAAUGGCCAGGUCCGGCUCUAUCAAUCCGGUGGCUCGGUCAUUAUUGUGACUGACUUUUCCUUGAAGAUAUACUAUGACUGGAACUCUAUGCUGAAAGUAUACGUCUCCAGUAGCUUCUUUGGAAGCGUCUGCGGCUUGUGCGGAAACUACAAUGGAAACCCUUCAGAUGAUUCAAUGACCCCAGAUGGUGUUCAUAUUACUGAUCUAUUUCUCUUUGGAAAGAGCUGGAAAGUGGAGGAUGGAGAUGGGCUCUGUUGGCACAACUGCAAUGGGGAAUGCAAGACCUGCCCUCUUGACACUCAACAAAUGUACAUUAGUGAAAAAAGUUGUGGCCUGCUGUCUAAAGCCCUCAACGGUUCCUUCCUUCAAUGCUAUUCAGUCAUAGAUCCAAAGCCGUAUGUAGAUAACUGCGUGUAUGAUCUGUGCAUGAAUGCUGGUGCCAAACAGAUCUUGUGCCAAAGUCUGAAGACCUACGCAGAAGCCUGCCAGCGAAGCAAGGUGGACAUCGGGGAGUGGAGACCGCUUGCUGGAUGCCCACUGCAAUGUCCGGCAAACAGCGAAUACAAAUUAUGCUCCAAAGCCUGUCCAGCCACAUGUAAUGAUGAUGCUAUUCCAGCCGUGUGUCCUGAUCCAUGUGUGGAGUCUUGCCAGUGUAUGGAAGGCUUUGUGCUUGAUGGAGGAAAAUGUGUACCCAGAGCCAACUGUGGCUGCGUCUACCAAGGAAAACUCUAUGCUCCCAAUGAGACCUUCUGGGGGGAUAAAAGGUGCGAGCAGCAGUGCACCUGCAACCCCACCACCAAGAAAGUAGAGUGCAAAGCCACCCGCUGUAAGCCUUCAGAGACCUGUUCAGUGGUGAACGGCAUCCAGAAUUGCUACCCCAUCGCAUACGGCACUUGCUCUGCCUCUGGAGACCCCCACUACUUCACCUUUGAUGGAUUAAGGUAUGACUUCCAGAGCACAUGCAUCUACCAGUUUGCAGGGCUCUGCAAUAUGUCAGAUUUGGUGGACUUCCAGGUCAACGUUCAGAAUGAAUUCCGGGGCAGGAGGGUCGUGUCUUACACCUCCGCAGUGCAAGUCAAGUUGUGUGAUUUUGAUAUUUCCAUCAACAGGCGGUACAAGGACAGGAUUCUGAUUAAUGGACUUUUAACCAACCUACCAUACAUUGUAGACAAUGGCAAGCUCUCUAUAUACAAACGAGGCUCUUCUGCUGUCGUCCAAACAAGCUUUGGCCUGCGUGUGACGUAUGACUGGGACAGUCAUGUCUCGCUCACUCUUCCCAGCAGCUAUUCUGGAGCGGUGUGUGGCCUUUGUGGCAACUUUGAUGGUAAGAAGGACAAUGACUUCAUGAUGCCAGGAAAUCAGCUGGCCACCAAGCCAAUUACCUUUGGAAACAGCUGGAAGGUACAAAAUGUUCCAGGUUGCUAUGAAGAGGACAAGGGAAGGUGCACCAAAUUGGCUGAACUAGAACUACGCCAGAAUAACAAGGAGAGCUGUGGGAUACUCCGCGAUGAGAAAGGGCCUUUCCGUGAAUGCUAUGCCAAGAUUAACCCAGAUGACUACUUCAAGAGCUGUGUGUAUGACGCUUGUUUUUAUGAAGGAAGGCAAGAAUUUAUUUGCAAAAUCAUUACCAGCUAUGCAACACAGUGCCAGGUGGCUGGAUUCACCAUCAACCCAUGGAGGACCUACGAGUUCUGUCGUCCAGUCUGUCCAAAGAACAGCCACUAUGAAAUCUGUGCGUCAGGAUGCGCUCCAACUUGUCUCUCUCUCUCCCCUCCAUUGGGGUGCGACCCUGUGUGUUCUGAAGGCUGUGAAUGCGAUGAUGGCUUUAUUCUUAGUGGAGGAGAAUGUGUUCCCAUAUCCAGCUGUGGUUGCCUGUACAAUAAUGCAUACUACAAGUUGGGUGAAGUGUUUUACCCCAGUGGCCUCUGCAACCAGAAGUGCGUCUGUACAGAGGGCGGAGCUGUAGAGUGCAAAGAUUCUACUUGUGGGCCCAACGAAAAGUGCAAAGUGAUUGACGGAGUCCAGAAAUGCCAGCCAGUAGGCUCGGCACAGUGCUCCGCAGCUGGUGACCCCCACUACAUGUCAUUCGAUGGCCGUGCCUUCGACUUCCAAGGCACUUGUACCUACACCUUGUCCAAGACCGUAACAAACAAUGGAGAUAAUACUCCGGACAAUGAUAACAAUACUGUGACAGACAAUGACGAUUUGGUGCCUUUUGCCAUCUAUGUGAAAAAUGAGAAAUGGGGCAAUGGGCGUGUGGCCGUCACCAAACUAGUAUCUUUUGAAGUCUACGACUAUAAGAUCAUUCUUCAGUAUAAUGUUCGCGGUCGGAUUUUGAUCAAUGGGGUGUAUAACAACAUCCCAGUAAACUUGGAAGGUGGCAGAAUCCGGGUCUACCAACAGGGUAAAAGGGUGGUUGUUGAUUCAGACUUCGGCCUUCAGGUAAAUUACGACCUGGCCUACCAUUUGCUAGUCGCCGUGCCGGGAACCUACCAGAAUCGGUUGGGUGGUUUGUGCGGUAACUAUAAUGGUGACGGAAAGGACGACUUCCAGCUCCCCAAUAAGAAAGUAACGACAGAUGCCACUGUAUUCGGAGCCUCUUGGAAGGUGCAGGUCCCCGGUGUGACUUGCGAUGAUGGCUGCGGUGGUAGUGACAACCCGUGCUUAUCGUGUGACAAUAGGAAGGAGGCGAUCUUGAAAAUGGACAGCUACUGUGGGUUCCUGAAGAAGGUUGGAGGUCCUCUGAGUGCUUGUUAUGACACCGUCAAUCCCAAUACUUUUAUCAACAACUGUGUCUAUGACCUGUGUGCCAGUGUAGGCGAUGGGGACAUACUUUGCCAGAACAUACAGAGCUACGUUGCUGCAUGCCAAGCAGCUGGAGUCGCCAUUCGGCCUUGGAGAACUGAAGCAUUCUGCCCAUUGACCUGCCCAGCCAACAGUCGAUACAAAGUUUGUGCCGGAGUGUGUGCCUCCACUUGUGCUGGUUUUACUGACCCUGACAAAUGCCCCAUUGCUUGUGCUGAGGGCUGCGAGUGCAAUGGUGGCUUGUUUUUUGAUGGGAAGAACUGCGUGUCAAUGGACAACUGUGGCUGUUUUGAGGAUGGAAAAUAUUAUCAGCUUAAUGAGACGGUCUUAUCCAGUGACUGCCAACAAACUUGCACAUGUAGCCCAGUGGGUGGUCUGGCCUGUGAAGACACUGGCUGUGCAGCUGAUGAAGAAUGCAAGAUUCAAGAUGGAACUGUCAAAUGUGUUAACAAAGAUCCCUGUAAGCCCAUCACUUGUAGGAUCAAGGAAACUUGCAAGGUCCAAAAUGGAAAAGCCAUCUGUGUCCCUGAUUUCACAGGAACCUGUUGGGGCUGGGGAGACCCCCAUUACCACACUUUUGAUGGCUACAUGUAUGACUUCCAGGGUACCUGCACCUAUAUCCUAACAAAGUAUGAUGGCAAUGACAGUGGCUUGGUGACAUUUACUGUCGAGGAGAAGAAUGACAAUCGAGGUAGCCAGGCUGUGUCCUAUGUUAGGAUUGUCUCCAUCUAUGUAUACAACUACAAGAUCACUCUUAUGAAGGGAGAAUUGGGUAAAGUCAGGGUGAAUGAGGUCGUCGUCAAUCUACCUGUGACUUUGCUAGAUGGAAAGAUCUCUGUAAGCAUCAGUGGCUUCUCUGCCAUUGUCCGUAUGGAUUUUGGUCUACAGGUGUCCUAUGAUCACAAAUGGAAUGUUGAGAUCACGCUCGCCAGCAGCUACUACGGCCUUACACGUGGUCUAUGUGGUAACUUUAACCAAAAUGUUAAGGAUGAACUCCUCACCUCAGAUAACAGAACUGUCUCCUCUCUCAUUGACUGGGCCAGGAGUUGGAAAGUCUAUGACCGGGAUCCUUUCUGCGUUGACUCUUGCCCCGCACGUAAAUGUCCAACCUGUGAUGAUGCCAAAAAGGACCUGUACGGUGGUGACCAUGAAUGUGGUCUUAUCAGCAAGGUGGCAAAUGGGCCUUUCAGAGAGUGUCACCCAAAGGUUAAGCCCGACAACUUCUUUGAUAGCUGCUUGUAUGAUGUCUGUAUGAACGGCGGCGCAAAACAAUUCCUGUGCCAGGCCCUCAAUGCCUAUUCUAACAUCUGCAGGAAACAAGGAGUUAAAGUAUAUGAUUGGAGAACGCCAGCUGGUUGUGUUUUUCAAUGUCCUACAAACAGCAGUUAUGAUUUCUGCGGUAAUGCCUGUCCAGCCACCUGCACCGAUCGUACAGCCCCAUCCCGGUGCACUGAGGAUUGUGUGGAGACCUGUCAAUGUAAUGAUGGCUUUGUUCUUAGCGGUGAUAAAUGUGUUCCAACCUCAAGCUGUGGAUGUUCAUACAACGGUUCCUACUACCAGGCCAAUGAAGAGUUCUGGGCUGACCAGAACUGUCGUUCGCUCUGCAGGUGUGACCCAAACCUCGGCAUGGUUAUUUGCAAGGAGAGCAGCUGUAAGCCAAGUGAGCGGUGCAUGGUCACAAAUGGAGUCCGUGGUUGUCGGCCCUUAAGCUUUUCAAAUUGCACAAGUUCUGGAGAUCCGCACUACAAAACCUUCGAUGGCAAGAGAUUUGAUUUUAUGGGUACCUGCAUAUACCUACUGGCUGGCAUGAAUUCCAGUGACCGUUUACUGACCCGUUUUAAUGUUCAGGUCCAGAACCACAAUCGUGGUGGGAACAAAGCCGUGUCCUAUACCAAAGCUGUGAACUUGGCAGCUUAUGAUGCAGAUUUUGCACUGAGCUGGGACUAUCCACGUCGUAUCUUGGUUGAUGGUGUUGUCAGAUCUCUGCCACUAUAUUUCAAAACCAACAAAGUGGUGGCAUACAUCAACGGCAGACAGGGCAUUCUAAAAACUGAUUUUGGCAUCACAGUUGCAUAUGACUGGGACAGUUAUGUGGCGGUCACCAUACCCAACACUUAUGCCAAUGCAGUUCAAGGCUUGUGUGGAAACAAUAACAAGAACCCCAACGAUGACUUUAACAUGAAGAGUGGAAGACCGGCACCAAAUGCAAUUCAUUUUGGCAACAGCUGGCAAGUCGCUGACUUUGCCGGUUGCAGUUCUGAGUGUACCGGAAGCUGCUCUUUGUGUACAGAAGAUCAAAAACAAGCCUACAAGGUUGACAAUUACUGUGGGCUUCUCACCAAGCCCAGUGGACCCUUUGAUCUGUGCCUGUCGGUCAUUGACCCAACCCCUUAUUUCGACGACUGUAUUUAUGAUGCUUGCCAAUACAAGGGACACCCAUCUUCGUUCUGCAAAGCCAUUGGCCUCUAUGUGGAUGCAUGCCAAGCUGCUGGUGUGACACUUCAGGAAUGGAGGAAACCAUCUUUCUGCAGCAUGUCCUGCCCUAUAAAUACUCACUAUGAGUUGUGUGGAAAUGCUUGCCCUGUGACUUGUUACGGGCUCUCUUCACCCACUGGUUGUGACUCGCCUUGUAAGGAAGCCUGCUAUUGUGAUAAUGGAUUUAUCCUAAGUGGUCACAAGUGUGUGCCCAUCCCCGACUGUGGCUGUGUCUACCAGGAUCUAUAUUACCAGAAAAAUGAGGUCUUCUACCCACAGAGCCAGUGUAAACAGAGGUGCCAGUGUGGGGCUGAUGGCAUAGUUGAGUGCCAGUCAGAAAUUUGUGGACCGGAGGAAGAAUUCAAACUUUCAAACAGUGUUUGGGGAUACCAUCCCAAGAGCAGUGGUAGAUGUGUUGCCUCAGGAGAUUCAUAUAUCUCCUUCGAUGGACGAAGGUUCGACUUCCAAGGCACCUGCACAUACAAUUUUGCAGGUGUGGUGGUUGAUGAUCCCAGUCUACUAAACUUUUCUGUGGUUGUGGAGAAUGAGAGCUAUGGUAACGUGGCUGUGACAAGACUGUUGGUGGUAAAUGUGUAUGGUUACAUGGUGGCCAUCCAGCGAGACAUGAGAUCUAAAGUAAAGGUUAACGGAGAGCUUGUCAAAUUGCCAUUGACUCUUGAUGACAGUAUUGUCAUUAACCAAGAAGGAGCCAAUGUUGUUUUACAAACCGACUUUGGCUUGAAGAUUCUUUAUGACACAAUCUAUCAGGUGAUACUGGAAAUUCCCAGCUCAUACCAUGGCAAGAUGGGCGGUCUCUGUGGCAAUUUCAAUGGUGAUGAGCAAGAUGAUUUCCAGCUUCCUGACAGGCAGGUUGUUAAAAAUGUUAAGGAGUUUGGCGCUUCCUGGAAAGUAAACAUCAUUGGUGCCAAGUGCAGUGAUGGCUGCGACGGAGGCGUAUGCCCGGUGUGUGACGCUCCCAAGCUGAAGUGGUACAAUGCAACAUCCUCUUGCGACAUGAUUACAGACCCAGCAGGACCCUUCGGCGCUUGUCAUUCCAAAGUUAAUCCAUAUAAAUAUUUUAACGAUUGUACCUAUGACUCUUGUGCUAUUGAUGGCAAGGACGACAUCUUGUGCAAGAGUCUACAGGCAUAUGCAGCUGCUUGCCAUACUACUGGUGUUACCAUCAGCUCUUGGAGAACCCCUGCAUUCUGUCCCAUGCCCUGUCCAGUCAACAGCCAUUAUGAACUUUGCACCAGAACCUGUGAACAAUCUUGCGCUAGCCUCUGGGGGCCAACAAAAUGUACAGAUGGUUGCUUUGAAGGCUGUGAAUGCGAUGCUGGGUACGCCUUGGAUGGCGACACCUGUGUCCCAAUGGACAGGUGUGGAUGUGUAUUCAAUGGAAGAUAUCGAAGUGAAGGAGAGUUCUUUGUCAGUGCCGAUUGCCUUCAACAAUGUACGUGCCAAACCGGUGGAGUGACCUGCUCUACAUUUUCGUGCAGAGAAAAAGAACGCUGUGACCUGGUGAAGGGUGUGCGAGGCUGUUACAAGACGGAGGCUGAAUGUUCAAUCAGUCUAUUGAAGUUUGUCACAUUUGAUGGGCUCUCAGGAGGACCUAUCGGGAAUGGCCCCAUAGAGGUGACAUCUUUGUGUAACCGUAAUUCAUUAGCGUGGUUCAGAGUAGUAGCUGACAUUCAGAGCUGUGCAGGAGCACCAGAAACUGUUCCCCGGCUACAUAUUUUCCUUCCUGAAGGUCUAGUGACCAUCUCCAAGAGCAAAAAAGUCUGGGUUAAUGGACAUCCAGAUGUUUUUCCCAUCACAUUCCAUAGUCUUUCAGCCUCCGCCAAGGACACCUCUAUUUCUGUCCAGAUUAAUGUGAACAUGAAGAUUGAGUUGAGCGAUGCCGGAAACGUCUCAAUUCAUGUGUUCGAGGGCCUGUCGGAGUUGGUGUGUGGGGCAUGUGGAAACUUCAAUGACGAUGGUGCCGAUGACCUCCGUUCACCAGCUGGAGAGCCGGUUGCCAAUUUUAAGCAGCUCAUUGACGCCUGGACAGCCCAAAACCUCAGCUGUAAUACAGAAAACGACAAGACUAUGCCCAUAUUUGCCAUUCCGGGGAACACAACUCUGUAGUUUGAUUACUAAAUAUGUUGGACCAACAACAAGCCUAGAAGAUGCCCAGAAAUUCAAAUCCCGUUUCUGCUUUUGGAAGGAAUCCAUAUCUGCACUUCAGUGAAGACUUCUGUAACUCUGUAAAACUAUAUUGUACUUCAGAAGGGUCUUCCAAAAAAAAUAAAAAUU